AUUUGCUCUCGUAUAAGAAUCUUUGUCAGUGACAGUGGACAUUAUCUUGACUAGUCAGUGAUUAUCUUAGGAUGGGAUUAGUAUCUGAAUAUAUGAAAUAAGAGAGGAACCGGCGAAAGGUGUGAUAACAAACAAAAAAUCGCCCAAGUAACAACUUAUAAAGGUCAGAUUCAGUGGACGUUAACUGAAGUGAUGGAAAUACUCUGUUGAAGUUCGUGUUUAUUAACAGAAACAAAAAUAUAAAAAUAAAAACACGUGUUCAUUUUCAACAUAAUUCCACGUUUAUAUGCAUUGGAAUACAAUUUGUUAAUUACAUAUUACACGUUAUAAUACUAGUAAAGUACAGUUAAUCUGCGUUUACAAGUUCGACAAAUGCCGUAUAGAAUAACAAAUUGCUGUGGGCAGUUAAGCUGCGUUUAGACGUGUGUCGUAUGCCGUAAAGAAUAACAAAUUUUUGAGGACGAUUUAACUGCGUUUACACGUGUGUCGUAUGCCGUUUACGGAUAAUGUAACCUUGCGGAGACGCCUUGCUGGACAAUGAAGAUGAGGCUACAUGUGGCGCCACCUGUCGUCCACCACCAUGGCUGCCGUUAGCUGCCGGGCCGCCACACAACUUUUGAUUCUCGUCUGUCUCCUGAAACACGCUUGCUCCUACUUUGGACUGUCGGCAAAGAAACCAAUUCUAAUCUCCGUCGUCGGAUUUCACCCGAAUCUUCUAGAGGACCGUCGACUGGCGACGGAGUCGGUGGCGGGGGACUCGCCGGCGGCGUCGGCGGCUAAAAUGUGCGACCUGCUUCUUCUACAGCGGAAGCAGCGCAAAAUGUGUCGGCGGGAGCGCGGCGUCGCGGCCACGCUGUUGGAGGCAGUCAGCCUCGCGACGAACGAGUGCGAGUACCAGUUCCGCACCGAACGUUGGAACUGUUCUCUUUACGACCAAUACAGACUUAAUAUCCUGAAUCGAGGUUUUAAAGAGACGUCAUUUUUGUACGCCAUUAGUUCCGCUGGUCUCGUGCACACAUUCGCUCGUGCGUGCAGUAAAGGCGCCAUAGAACGAUGCACGUGCGACGAAUCAAAAUCGCUGAAAAAUAAGGAGGCGUGGCUUUGGGGCGGAUGUGGAGAUAACAUCAAAUUUGGGCUAAAAUUUUCACGAAGGUUCCUGCGCGCGGGAAAGCGACGGGGCAAAGAUAUUCGUGCAAAAGUGGAUCAACAUAAUAUCAGACUUGGACGAAAGGUCGUCAAGUCCGCGGUGCAGACGAGGUGCAAGUGUCAUGGCAUUUCCGGUUCAUGCACGGUCCGAACGUGCUGGCGACAGCUCGCGACAUUCCUGGAGGUUGGAAACGUGCUAAAAGAAAAAUACGAGAACUCGUAUAAAGUGGUGACGUUUACCAAUGACGCUACCGGGAAAUCAACAACAAGUGAUGACAUCACGUUGGAAAAUAAUUCCGGUAACAUUCUGCAUCCGUUGCAGUUAAAACAGGAGUUAAAUGACAACCGAACUGACAGGGAUAAAAAUAGUAUCAAAUCAAACCGGAAGUCGAAAUCAAAACGAGACAGGAAGUCAAGUUCCAAUGUUAGAGACAGUAGAAGUAGAAGUCAUAGGAAUAGAAGGGAUGACAUAACCAUCUCUCCAAGGGCGAAUUUAAUGGUUCAUUUGGAAAAUUCGCCUACUUUCUGUGACGCGGGACCGUAUAGUAAAGGAACGAGUGGGCGCGUUUGUGAUAAAUCAGAUUGUGACGUCAUGUGUUGUGGGCGUGGUUACAAUAUCCGGUCUGCUGUUGUGAGGCGCGCGUGCCAGUGCCAGGUGCACUGGUGCUGUUAUGUCGACUGUAAACAAUGUGUGAGCGAGGAAGAGAAACUGAUAUGCAAAUGAGGUUCAUUUGUAUAAGCUAAUUUGCAUACGGGGCUCAUUUGCAUAGGUUCAUUUGCAUACGUGGCUUAUUUGCAUUUCUAUCAACGAACACCAUUUUUAGACGGUGUCAAUAACAUAUUUAUUUAUUUACUUCUAAAAAUAAUGAGUAAUAUUAUCUACUGUUUGUAUAUAUUUAUUUUGUGCUAUGAAUAUUUCAGAAUUUCCAUUUCUAAAUUACUUAAACAUUGAAUUUGUGCGAUAUAGCGAAUGGCAAUAGUGGCAUAGGGUUUGCCUAAAACUAAAAGUGUAUGCACUGAAUUUCAACAGAGUACCCAGUGGAAGGGUUUUUUACUAAUAAAUUGUGCGAAAACUGUGUGUACGUUCGGCCACAAAUUAAAACAUACUUGUCUGUGGUUACUCUACCAACAAUUUUGGGAGUUGGUAGGUUCUUAGGGAUUUAUAUUUUCCUGUAGAAUACAGCUUUAAACUACUGUCAGCAUCCGUUGUUUUAAGGAUGGCCUUAAUACAUUAAAUUUACUUGUGACAAAGUGUAACUAUUGGCUAUUUUGAUUUUCAAAGCCGCCACAUAUUGCAAAACGAAAAAAACUCAUACUCUCUAUUAUCAUACAAUAUAUUUAAACGACAUUAUAAUAGAUGCACAUUUUCGGAUCCCGCAACAGAUUAUUUUUUUAAACACAAAUAAUAUUAAUACAUAGAUAUAAUUAGUUAUAGUCUUUAAGCGACUUGAGUUAGAAUGGGCUACAGUAACGGUAAUACAAACAAAGCAAUAUCAUAGUUAAAUUUUAACGUUUUUUAUUAAAAAAAAAUAGACUAGGCUUGAGCCCAUCCUACAUUUUUUUUUUCAAAUUGAUAAAACUUUAAAAAUAAGUAACAAUAUAAUCAUCAUUUCUUUAGUUCUAUCGUAAACGAAUUGUACGAUGUACAUGUGUUCAUAAUCAUGUUAAGGUGAGCGACUCGGGACUGUUAUAAGUCCUCUUGUGUUGUGAAUUUGCAAUAUGUAUGAUCACUGUAAAUUAUU